AUGUUUGAGAGUAAUGCAGGUCAUGUGCUUUACGCAUUACGGCCCGAAAACACCGAGCCUUGUACUGUCGGAAAGACGCACCGCAUAACCGAAACCACCCCAGCUGGUUGCUUCGGACAGGCCUCAUGGAGUGUGGUAUCCACGUCCGGGAGGCGUCUCGGGAAAUAUGGGUCAUUCGCGGAGUCCGUCCCGGAGGAUAGAAAACAUGAUACGGUAGUAUGCGUUGGAAGAAGGAGAUGUGGACUGCUGAGCAGUGAUUUUGUAUUGUGUGAGAUUAAGGUUGCGUUUAUGCCCUACUUUGUAUGA